AUGUUUUCAGAGGAAAAAGCCCGAGCACAGCUUCUGCGCGAGAUGAACACACAGGUGGCGUCGACCAUGGUUGCUCAUAUCGCCAAGAAGACGUCGCCGGAGCCACAGAAGAGUCCCUCUGCGUCUUCGUCGGCCAGCGACACUGCCUCGUCUGUGGCAUCAUCACUCUUUGGACCCGCUCUACCUCCUCUUCCGCCGCUUUCAAUCGCACCGGCGGGCCUUCCUGCACCGAAACCGCUGAAGAUCUUUGCACAACCAAUGGCCAUCAAACAAGAUGCCACAGAGGUCGAGGAUGACGUGCACGAGCCAACCGAUCUCAGCGCCAAGACGUCUGCGUUUGCGGCUUUGGGACAGAAAAAGCGUGCGGACGAGAUCGAGAACGAGAUAGAUCAAAGACCUCCGCCUACACCACGACAUUUCGCACUACGUAAUGUUGAUGAGCGGAAAAUCAACGCUCAGGUGAGUCGUGACAAGCUGGACUCGGGGCCAACCUGCGCGAGCUCACUUUAUAUGGACUAG